AUGAGGCUCCAAGGCAAUCCGGUGGGACCAGCCAUUCGUGAGUGAGUGUCUUUCCUCUUUUGCACAUCCCAUGUCUGGUACGCCCGCAUGCAGGUGUGUCAAAUGAAUGGGUUUCUCUAUCGGGAGCACAGCGAAGACUUUCAGCGGUUCGUCGACCGCGUCAGGCCGUGUUUGGGCUCUCUCCUUCCAAUUGUACCCCUUCUGCCUCCUGGCGGAGGGAGCGAAGAGGAGGUAAUCGAUGAAUUCGGGAGCUUCCAGGAGUGCAUCCCGGCCUGCCAGCAGGCGGCUGACGCCUUCAUGGCCCUCGCAGGUAUCUAGCGGCGUUCACUUCAUGGGAGUGGAGUACGCAGCUGCCUAUGUCCUGCUGUGUGUCUUCCCUCAGACAAGAAUCAUUUGCUGUGCUGGGAGAGCGAGGGAGUGUCGGAGUUGCUCACAGGUGUUGACAUAGGUCACGGACACACGCAGAGGUGGCUUGGCUAUAGCGGAUGCAUACUCAUGGAUGGGUGCAGGCUUGGGCCUAACGUUUGAAAGGUUCGUUGACCUGAUACUGCAGGCGAGGUUCACUGACCCUGAUAUGUACGACACGCUGGACGUAUAUCGGCCGCAGGGACAAGUGCAGGAGCAUAUCGGCCGGACGUGUGGGGACUUCACCACGAUAGCCAAACUGUAAAACACUCCGGCACGUGUCUCAGGCACAUUAGUGUGUGUCUUUGAUUGCAUCGAACAGCUUCACCGACGGGGUGACCAACUGCAGGAGAUGCGACUACCCCUCAUGA